CAUGGAUGUCUUUCCUCUUUCAUCUUCUUCUUUUUUCCUUUUCUGAUUUGGUUCUUCAUAGUUUGUAUAAAACAUAUGAGUAUAUUUGAUUGUGCUGCUUUCAUGCCUGAUUCGAAGUUCCAAAUGAUGUUAUUUGCAUGUUUAACCAAUUGCUCAUAAUGCUUUUGUAUCAUCAAGUAAACUUUGAUUUGGCACAAUUUGUUUCUAUUGUGAACUGACUGGAUACAUUCAGUCACUGAAACUUGUGAAUUUUUCCUACUUUUGCUUUUAAUUUUCAGAUUGCAUAAUUUCUCUUGUAAUUUCUUCUCAGAUCCAAGCAAGAUUAGAAAGAGCAUCAGCUGCCUUUUGUUUUCCGUUGCUCAAUCAAGGAAGUGUUAUAUCUACUACUAGUCUUGGUCCUUCAUUCACUUGAAAUGUCUUUGCGUAGACCUCCGCUUCCUCGACUUCUGCUGAACAAUGUCUCGUGUAUGAGAAAUGCUCAACAAAUUUUGCGCCACGUAAAUGUUUCCCUCCAUGAUGGUGGUGCACUUGUACUAACAGGCACCAAUGGCUCUGGUAAAUCCACAUUCUUGCGCAUGUUGGCUGGUUUCUCAAAACCAUCAGCUGGUGAGAUACUCUGGAAUGGCCAUGACAUUACUGAUUCAGGUGUUUUUCAACAGUACAAACUUCAACUCAAUUGGCUGUCUCUUAAGGACGCCAUCAAAGAGAAGUUCACGGUCCUUGACAAUGUUCAAUGGUUUGAAGUUCUUGAAGGCAAGCAAGGAAAGUCUCUGCCAGCUUUGGAGCUUAUGGGGCUUGGAAGAUUAGUAAACGAUAAAGCACGGAUGCUUUCUAUGGGUCAAAGGAAAAGGGUACAGCUCGCCAGAUUGUUAGCAAUUGAUCGACCUAUUUGGUUGCUCGAUGAACCUUCAGUAGCAUUGGAUGACGAUGGUGUGAAAUUGCUCGAGUAUAUCAUUGCAGAGCACAGGAAGAAAGGUGGCAUCGUCAUUGUCGCCACCCAUCUGCCUAUUCAGAUUGAGGAUGCAAUGUUUUUAAGGUUGCCACCAAGGUUCCCAAGAAGGAUGACUUUAGUAGACAUGCUCGACAGAGGCGGCCUCGACUGAUCUUUAAGAAGAUAAAAAGUCCAAUCUAAAGAAAACUCUCCAAUGAAUUCAAAAGGGUGCACAUGAUGUUAAAGAAAGUGUGUAUGUGGCAAGUUUUCUUGUAGUGGAAUCAAAGUUUCCACUUUUCUUUCAUUCUUGAUGAUUGCAAGAAUUUCUCUAUCUUUACUUUGUUAGUUCCUCCUCAUUUUGCACUUCAGUUUGCCGCUAAAAUGUGCUGACAACACAUGCCCUCAGGCUUUGGUCUAAUGGUAAGAGCCGCAACAUUGGAUGUGUGGAUUAGACGUACAUCACAAGUUUGAAUUUGUUGCAGACAAAAGCUUGGAAUUUAAGCAGCAAAGGUUUGCUAGAGGGGUAAGUCCAUUAUCCAUCGAGUUUUGACCCAUGUCGGUUGGCACUUGGGGAUUUCUUGUUUUUUUGUAAAAGAAAUUUGUAGAUAACAACUUGCAUCAGAUUAUCAGAUGUAGUGUUUCUCUUAUACAACAUCCCAAAUAGCUUAAUUGUUUGUAUGCUAGUUUGAAGCAGAUAAUU